GAGUAAUAAAUUCCCCCGGCACCGAAACACGGUCUUUCUCUAGACGCGUCUUGCUGGGAGAGCGUCCGUGGCUUUGCGUCCGCGUCGCGGCCCUGCGGUCGGCGGCCUCCUCGUGGAGCGUAGCAAGGGUAGGCCCCGCGUGGCGUCUUUCCCCGGCUCCAAGAUGGACGGCAGCGGGGACUGGGAGGCCGCUCUGGGGGAGCACGUGGCGCCCUGCUCGCCUGCUCCCGGGGCAGCUGGGAUGGUGGCGGAGUCCGGAGGUCUCCUGCUGCCGUCGGGCAGGGAGGCCGGCGGAGGCGGGGCCGUGGCCGCCCCCAAGAGGCUCCCAGGCGGCGGCGGCGGCCCAGCCUCUUCUUUCCUCGCACAGCCAGGCGGCCCUUGCUCGAGUCCCGCGUCGCCAUGGCCGCGGUUCCCGAGUUGCUGCAGCAGCAGGAGGAGGACCGCAGCAAGCUGAGAUCUGUAUCUGUGGACCUGAAUGUUGAUCCCUCACUUCAGAUUGACAUACCUGAUGCACUCAGUGAGAGAGAUAAAGUCAAAUUUACAGUGCACACAAAGACCACAUUGCCCACGUUUCAGAGCCCAGAGUUUUCUGUCACAAGGCAACAUGAAGACUUUGUGUGGCUACAUGACACUCUUAUUGAAACAACAGACUAUGCUGGGCUUAUUAUUCCACCUGCUCCUACGAAGCCCGACUUUGAUGGUCCUCGAGAGAAGAUGCAGAAACUGGGAGAAGGUGAAGGGUCUAUGACCAAAGAAGAAUUUGCCAAGAUGAAACAAGAACUGGAAGCUGAGUAUCUCGCUGUUUUUAAGAAGACUGUCUCCUCCCAUGAAGUCUUUCUUCAGCGGCUUUCUUCUCACGCUGUUCUCAGUAAAGAUCGCAACUUUCAUGUUUUCCUGGAAUAUGAUCAGGAUCUAAGUGUUAGGCGGAAAAAUACUAAAGAGAUGUUUGGUGGCUUCUUCAAAAGUGUGGUGAAAAGUGCUGAUGAAGUCCUUUUUACUGGAGUUAAGGAGGUAGAUGACUUCUUUGAGCAAGAGAAGAACUUCCUUAUUAACUAUUACAAUAGAAUCAAAGAUUCUUGUGUGAAAGCUGACAAAAUGACCAGAUCUCAUAAAAAUGUUGCCGAUGACUAUAUCCACACUGCAGCCUGCUUACAUAGCCUGGCUUUAGAAGAGCCCACAGUCAUCAAAAAGUACCUGUUGAAGGUUGCUGAGCUAUUUGAAAAGCUUAGGAAAGUAGAGGGUCGAGUUUCAUCAGAUGAAGAUUUGAAGCUAACAGAGCUCCUCCGAUACUACAUGCUCAACAUCGAAGCUGCUAAGGAUCUCUUAUACAGACGCACCAAAGCCCUCAUUGACUAUGAAAACUCAAACAAAGCUCUGGAUAAAGCCCGGUUAAAGAGCAAAGACGUCAAGUUGGCUGAGGCACACCAGCAGGAGUGCUGCCAGAAAUUUGAACAACUUUCCGAAUCUGCAAAAGAAGAACUGAUAAAUUUCAAACGGAAGAGAGUGGCAGCAUUUAGAAAGAAUCUAAUUGAAAUGUCUGAACUGGAAAUAAAACAUGCCAGGAACAAUGUCUCCCUUUUGCAGAGCUGUAUUGACUUGUUCAAGAAUAACUGAUACGCCUUCACUCAGAAGAAAAGAAAUGAAUGUGAAAGAAAGCCAAGCAUCACUUGCACUUAAAUCAUUACCACGGAAGAUUUAUUAGCUUCAACUUUAAAAUUAUGUGAAUAAAUAUUUUGAUUUCUACAAAUCUUAACAUUUAACCAUGUUGGUUUAAAAACAUUAUUGCUUGCUACUUGGACAAACUAAUUUUUCCUUGUGCAUUUAAUACCUCUGGGCAGAAUCUGAAUACUGGGUUCUCCUGCAGUUCGUCUUUAGUUACUAAGAAAGGGUGUAGGAGACAUUUGCCUUCAGGAAACAAGUAGAAGCAAUCGCCUGGCCCAUGUCCCUACAAACCCAUGAUUGUCAGGGAGGUACCAGUUGCAGCAGGUGAUUCAGCUGCUCGAGGCAGGUAACAGACCUUCCAUUCCUCGCUGAAGGUGGGGUUUGUGUUUUUGUUUUGCCCCGUUACUCCACUGGUAGUCAUCUGGUAUUGACUACAGCAAGAAACAUAACAACAGCAAGAAAAUCUCAUUUAUCUUUAUAUACUCUUUGCACCUCCUUUUUUUAGUUGAGAUACAAAUAUUUGAGGGGAGAGAAAUAUCUUUGGGUAUAUAUGGAAACAUAAUGUGGUCUACUUGAUAAGAUGGCCAGAUCUACAUUAGGAAGAGUAUGAACUCCCUCCCUAGUGGCCAUUGCGGGGUGAGGGGGGUGUGGUGUAAGUCUUUGGGCAUUUGUUUUUUAUAAAGCAUAUAAUAAAAUAAUCGUGCUACUAA